UUUUGUUUGCCGUGCAGAUGACAUCACGCCUUUAAAUAUUCCCGUUGCUUUUUUCUUGCCCCAUCAUACUCCAGUGUAGUUCAACGAUAAAAGACUGAGUCGGAGAGGGUUAACAAUGCAUUGAGAGCCAUAUCGAGCUUCUAGAAAAGCGGAGAAAUACUAUUAUUUGUGUCAGGCGGCACCAGUGGCGAACGAGCCGCGUGAACUCGACUUGUGUGAGAAUUGCUACACGGUUUCAGCUGGCCAACUUGGUUGGGAAAAACGGUUAUCCGAAGGCUGCACGGACGGGGAGGCGGAGAAGAUCGCUGCUGGGAAAAUAGUUGCCUUUUUUUCUUUGGCUGAGGAGGCCAGUUUCGGUGAAACUUCAAAAACUAACAUAAAAAUGUCUCUUUCGGUACCCCAGAACGGAGUGAAGGGAGAUAACGAACCGGUUAUCGAACUCUUUGUAAAGGCAGGGAGUGAUGGCGAGAGCAUUGGCAACUGCCCCUUCUCCCAGCGCCUCUUCAUGAUCCUAUGGCUCAAGGGUGUGGUCUUCAAUGUCACCACCGUGGACCUGAAGAGGAAACCAGCGGACCUGCAGAACCUAGCCCCGGGCACACAUCCGCCCUUCAUCACCUUCAACGGAGAGGUCAAGACGGACGUCAACAAGAUCGAGGAGUUCCUGGAGGAUGUCCUCAGCCCCCCCAAGUAUGCCAAACUUGGUGCCCGUCACCCUGAGUCCAACACAGCAGGGAUGGACAUCUUUGCCAAAUUUUCAGCUUUCAUCAAAAACUCCAAACCUGAUGGCAAUGAAGCUCUGGAGCGAGGCCUGCUGAAAACCCUGCAGAAGCUGGACGAGUACCUGCGUUCCCCACUGCCUGAUGAGAUCGACCACAACAGCAUUGAGGACGUGAAGGUGUCCAGCCGCAAGUUCCUGGAUGGGGAUGACAUGACCCUUGCUGACUGCAACCUGCUUCCCAAGCUUCACAUUGUCAAGGUUGUGGCCAAGAAGUACCGGGGCUUUGAGAUUCCCAAGGAGAUGAUGGGCAUCUGGAAGUACCUGGGCAAUGCCUACUCCCGCGAGGAGUUCACCAAUACCUGCCCCAGCGACAAAGAGAUUGAGAUCGCCUAUGGUGACGUGGCCAAGAGGCUUGUCAAAUAAGCCCCUCACCCGCCCCACCCCCAACAGCACUGGGACUGGUCAUUGAUUACACAAGAAAGAAAGAAAAAAAACUAUGGACUCUUCUUUUUUUCCUUCUGUCUAUAGAGCAAACCCAAUGCAUGAUUUAUUUUUCCUUUUGUUUUGUUUUAUUUUCAUUUUGAUCUUUCUAUUCCCUUUUAAGGAAACUCCUGUGUUGUCAACACCACUCUCUAAGGUUCUUGAUAUAUCUCACUGACUUCCUUUUUUAUUAUGAACUUGGAGUAGUGUGAAAAAAAUGGCGAGACAGUUGGGAACACCACCAGCGGUCGCGCACCAGAGCUUUACGUACACACAGACACACACACACACGCUCCGCAUAUCAGUUCUGACAGAAAUGACCUCCACGCUCCUGAAUACGCAGACUCGUACUACAUGAGGUCGUGGCAGUAAAAAAAAAAGAAAAAAAGAAUGGCUUUUUUGAGGCUUGCAGAGUUAUAAAAAGAAAUAAUUGAAUGCUCUUUAUUUUUCAGCUGAGUAAGUUUAAACAGUGUUGUAAGCUCCAGUGUUUUUUUGCUGAAGGUUGUUUGCGAGCAGUGCAGUGACUUCGUGCUGAAGUGUAAAGGUUCAGCUAUUUCAUAGGCGAGUGGACUGCGACAGCCCUUUAUAACCAAGGCCCCAUUCUCAGGUACACUAACUCUGAAACCGAUAAGGUGACCUUGUUGUAAUGUUCAAGCAUCCACAGUCCUUUUCAAUUUAUUUGGAGUAAAAUUGAGACAUGUGUAAACUGACACAAUACACGCCCAUUAAACAGGUGUACCCAGUGACCUGAUGUCAGGUCAGUUCAGUAGCUCCCUUUUCUUUUGUGGAAUCAGAGUAAAAAACUCUAGCCAGAUAAACUUCGAUGACCAGGUGAACAUACGUGAAAAUGUUCCAGUUGAAGAACUGAAAAUGUACGUCUUGCAUAUUUUCCAAAUUAUUUUUGAGUGCAACACACUGGUCUCUAUUGGAUCAAAAACACGAAGGGAACAUUUUUGUUGUUGUUAAUGAUGCAUUUGUAAAAUUGGCAGUUUGAAGCUUAUAGUGCUCCGCAGUUUAACAAAGGGUGAGUUAGCUGUGAUGCUAAUGGGGAGCAAUAGCUGAAAGCUAUCAGACAUCAAUGGCUUUUAACUCGUAUUUAAGUUUCCAUAAAUUUUUAUCUUUUGUUCGUAACUAGGAUUCUGGGAAUUGACCGUUAUGUGGCUAUAAGACCUAAUCUGUAGUGACAAAAACACAUUUCAAAUGACAGCCCCAGAGGAGGAGGGCGACAUCAUUGCAUCAUAUUGGAUUCACAUUUCUUUUCAUUUUACACUAUUCACUUUUGAUGUAUUCAUCCACAAGUGACAUACUGUUACUAUUCACAGCAAACUGUAGCUUGGAUUGAAAGGUGACUUUUUCUAAGGAUCCCAUCCUUCAAAUGUACUCAUUCAUUUUCAGAUUGUAGAGGGACUUUGUAAAUAUUUUUUUCCAAGACUGACAUGUAAAUUUUAUAUGUUCACUGCUUUAAAGUGAAGUAGUCCUAUUUUACAUGCAUUACAUUAUAUACAUACAGUACUCCUUUUGUAAAUGAAGGCUAAGAAAAGUGUAGAAGUAGGUCUUUAGAGCGGUCCAUGAAGAAUACACAUUUACAUCACCAGAAUAAACCUGACGUUUGGCAUGUAGCGACUUGUUGCCUUUCUAGACCAUGACAGGAAUGACUGUAAAUCCAGAACGCUGAUUUGACCACACCCAGAUGUAGGUCAGUGACCGCAGGUUCACUGACAAAACAAACACUGAUGUGCCUUUGAUGACCUUCUGAGCACCUUGCUCGUCUGUGUUGCUCCGACGUGGUCCAAGAGGGAGCAGUUCCACCCUUUCCAACGGCAUCUCACUCUGCACCUUCACCAUGUUUCCUUUUGUUAUUAUUAUGUUUGUUUUGCACCAUGAUCCUGUCAUACCAUGCCGGUGUGACGAGUCACUGGUGAUAUUGAUCAUGAAAGCUCUGCAUGUUGGCCAUCAAGCUCUCAUCAAUAAACUGCUGGCAGCUAGUAGCUCUA